AUGGCAUCGAAACCCCCCGAGGUCAGUGCUGCAGACAAACAGUGGCUCACUUUCCGACAAAAGCACGAAGCUGAACUUAAGGGCUUCCAACGGUACGCGACGGAGUCUUUUGCCAAGUUUCAGGACAACGUCAACAAGGAGCGAGCAAUUAUUCUCGCAAAACACAAGAAAGAAGAGGAAGAGUUCUGGAGCAAGACCAAGGCGGCAGCAGAUAAGGAGAAGAAGAAGGUUGGCAACACGGCUGUCGGGCCUAAUACGGGUGUCCAGAGUCAAGCAAAUCGCCGGGUAGCUGCUGCACCACCGAGAGCUGCUCCCACUAUCAAGAAGACGCCGGCGCCCAGAGCCAAAGCACCGUCCAUAUCCAAGCCAGGGAGCAACACAACCACACCGCUAGCAGGACCCAAGAACAAAAAGGCCGCUGUCACGAUCAUUGAUCUUUGUUCCGACGAGGAUGAUGAUGAACCAGUGUUGGUAAAGGAGAAGCCUAUUUUCAAGAUAGCUGGGCAAGGACCUGUCGCGAAAGACCCUCCCGGCUUAUCUGACAAAAUCGGAAACGUGGACAGGCCAAAGCCAGAGCAGUUGAAGCAUGAACAUCACGUCUUUACUAAGCAACCCUCACACCCAUCUACACAACCGCCUGCGCUAUGUACAAGUAACAGUAAUACUUCCGGUGUGCACGUCUCGACCUCCAUCGCCUCUCAGCAUGCGCCGGCAGCUGUUCUCAGUACACAGCGGAACCUGGUCGGGGGCGUGGGUUUUGGCAACUGGGCGAAUGUGCCUCGCAUGCCAGAUGCCCGUCAAGGAACAGCAUUCAAUCCUGGAGGUAGACCAUUAUCGGCCUCCUCUCCGUGGGCCACCCCCACAAUUUCUGCUUCACAAGGCCUACAGCCGACGAACGGUUUCGCUCAUUCGAGGUUCUCUCAAGGCCACCAGCAAGACAAGUUUCAAUCGCAACAAAGUGUAGGCUACCAACCAGGCCAGCCAUCGAUGUUCCGGGAAUCAGCGUUCCAUGGCCUUCCUCGAGACGACCAAGAAGCUUUGCGAAAGGAAGGCCAUGCUUACUAUUUGAAUGGCUCAAUCGAGUCUUCGCAAGACCUUGGACGUGGAGACAGGUUUGGUCCUGACUCUGUCCCGGAUCAUGCAACCAAAAACUUGGAGAGCGACCUUCGUAAAUCGGUUUCGAAUGGCAGAGGCAAGCGGAAGGUGGUGGAUCUCAGCAGCGAUGAGGAGAGUGACUAUGCCCCGCCGUCUGAUGAUGAGGAGCCUAGUUCCCCUGUCAUGAUGGACGAUGCUCCUGAGCCUGCAAAGAAGCAGACAUCUAGGCCGGCGACCAAGAAGGCUAAACUUCCUCCGCCACUACCACCAGCUCUUGCCUCAAAAGGUGUGUAUAACAAGGGAAAAAAUGGCUUUGGCUUCACGAGCUUGCAAAAAUCGAAACCCAAGGUCAACAGCCAAACUGAUGCGGCAUUACCGACCACCCCACCGCGUGUGCCCACCAGAAAGCCUCAGCCGACGACACCAUCUACACCGACACCUGCGUCUCAGAAGUCCAAAAUCAUUACGUUAAAGACUCAAGGAGCAACCGUAUCGCGCUCACCCCGAAAGGCCAAAAUUGACGCGUCUGCAAAGAUCACCCAACUUAGCGAAGCCGAAUUAGAAACUCGGACCAGCAUUGCUAUCGAUGAAGCGAACCAGCGCGAGAGAGCAACAGCUGAAGCUGGGAUUUUCGAGCAAGUCAGAGGUGGCAUGCGGGCCAUGUCCAUCACUCCCGCGCCUAGCACCGCUAGCAACGCUGCAGAGGACGUAGAAAUGCUGGCCGACGUUUCAGAUCCUGAGAUCACAUCCCCAAAACACGGCGCUGGAUUGAGUUCAUGGACAGAUUCUCGCUUCAAUGGUGACAGGUAUCUUGCCAAGUCUCGCGCUGCUCGACCCAUAGUACAAGACGACUCGGACGACUACGAUGACCCGGACAUCAGUAAGUACAGCGUCAUCGACGGCGUUAUUGUGCAUGAGGCGGAUCGAGAGAGACUGAGACUGACGCAAGAGCAGGAAAGGCUUAUGAAAUCAAGAGGGACAGACGGUGGCAGUCGCGCACGUGCAGUGACCGCAGUUGAGAUGCCGGAGCAUGCUCAGGGUAUGGCCGGGCAGAGUGGGAGGCGCGCGAGAAAGACUAUGAGAUGA